UAGGGUAUUUGAUUACGUUCCAUUUUGUGAGGGCGCAACGAACAUUCCUGACAACUUCCUUUUAGAACGUGGAACCUUCGACGAAACAGUUCGGUAUCAACGUUUUGUCAGGUUUUUCGUUAGAAUGGGUUUUGUAAAAGUUGUUAAAAAUAAGCAGUAUUUUAAGCGUUAUCAAGUCAAAUUUAAAAGGCGACGCGAGGGAAAGACAGACUACUAUGCCCGUAAACGAUUGACCAUCCAGGAUAAGAAUAAAUAUAAUACUCCUAAAUAUAGGCUAGUAGUACGCCUUUCUAAUAAGGAUAUUACUUGCCAGGUGGCAUAUUCAAGAAUAGAAGGAGAUAGAAUUGUAUGCGCAGCGUAUAGCCAUGAACUUCCAAAAUAUGGAAUUAAAGUUGGUCUUACGAAUUAUGCUUCUGCAUAUUGUACAGGACUUCUUUUAGCACGAAGACUAUUGAAAAAGUUAGGCUUAGACACUUUAUACACAGGCAUGACAGAAGUAAAUGGAGAUGAAUAUAAUGUCGAAGAACUUGAUAAAGGUCCUGGUGCAUUCAGAUGUUAUUUGGAUACUGGUCUUAUGCGUACAACUACGGGUGCUAGAGUUUUUGGUGCCAUGAAAGGUGCUGUGGAUGGAGGCCUGAACAUUCCACAUAGCACCAAAAGAUUUCCUGGAUACGAUAGCGAAUCUAAAUCUUUCAAUGCCGAUGUUCAUCGACAACAUAUUUUUGGACAACAUGUUGCAAAUUAUAUGAGAACAUUAGAAGAAGAGGAUGAUGAAGCUUUCAAGCGGCAAUUUUCACAAUAUAUAAAAAAUGGCAUUACUGCUGAUAGUAUCGAAGGCAUUUAUAAAAGUGCUCAUGACGCUAUACGUGCAAAUCCAGAACACACGAAAGUUACUAAAGAAAAAGUACCUGUUAAAAAGCGAUGGAAUCGUGCAAAACUUUCUUUGUCGGAAAGGAAGAACCGCGUUGCUCAAAAGAAAGCAUCCUUCCUUAAAACUUUGGAAGAAGUGGAAACUUAAUUAUGUCAUCUUAUAUCUGUGUCGACACAGAUAUUUAUUUAGAGUGUGUAAGUCGCCUUCCAUCAUGAACGCGUGGUAUAUGCUCAGAAAAUUUUGGUAUCAAAAUAAAAAAUAUUCAACAAACAUUUUACAAUUUUUACGUUAUAUUAAUAAAUGUAUAAUUGACAUUAGAUAACUGGUUAAAAUCUAAUUUUACAAAAUGAUGAAAAUAUAACGUACAAUUGUCAUAAACA